UCGCGGAGGGAAGAGACAGCGGCGCGGAGGGGGCUAUGGGUCGGGCGGCGUGGGGGCUGCUGUGGCUGCUGCUGGGCAGCGCCGGGGCGCAGUACGAGAAGUACAGCUUCCGGGGCUUCCCGCCCGAGGACCUGAUGCCCUUGGCCGCGGCCUACGGGCACGCGCUGGAGCAGUACGAGGGCGAGAGCUGGCGCGAGAGCGCGCGCUACCUCGAGGCCGCGCUGCGGCUGCACCGGCUGCUGCGGGACAGCGAGGCCUUCUGCCACGCCAACUGCAGCGGCCCCGCGCCGCCCGCAGCCGCGCCCCCCGGCCCCGACGGCGGCCGCGGCGACGAGUGGGCCCGCGAGCUGCGGCUCUUCGGCCACGUCCUGGAGCGCGCCGCCUGCUUGCGGCGCUGCAAGCGUUCGCUGCCCGCCUUCCAGGUGCCUUACCCGCCGCGCCAGCUGCUGCGCGACUUCCAGAGCCGCCUACCCUACCAGUACCUGCACUAUGCGCAGUUCAAGGCGAACCGGCUGGAGAAAGCGGUGGCCGCGGCCUACACCUUCCUUCAGAGGAACCCGAAGCACGAGCUCACCGCCAAGUAUCUCAACUACUAUCGCGGGCUGCUGGACGCCGCCGACGAGCCCCUCACGGACUUGGAGGCCCAGCCCUAUGAGGCCGUGUUCCUCCGGGCUGUGAAGCUCUACAACAGCGGAGAUUUCCGUAGCAGCACCGAAGACAUGGAGCGGGCCCUGGCCGAGUACAUGGCCGUCUUUGCCCGGUGCCUGGCUGGCUGCGAGGGGGCCCACGAGCAGGUGGACUUUAAGGACUUCUAUCCAGCCAUAGCAGAUCUCUUUGCAGAGUCCCUGCAGUGCAAGGUGGACUGUGAGGCCAACUUGACCCCCAAUGUGGGCGGCUACUUCGUGGAGAAGUUCGUGGCCACCAUGUAUCACUACCUGCAGUUUGCCUACUACAAGUUGAACGACGUGCGCCAGGCCGCCCGCAGUGCCGCCAGCUACAUGCUCUUUGACCCCGAAGACAAUGUCAUGCAGCAAAACCUGGUGUAUUAUCGCUUCCACAGGGCCCGCUGGGGCCUGGAGGAAGAGGACUUCCAGCCCAGGGAGGAGGCCAUGCUCUACCACAACCAGACAGCUGAGCUUCGGGAGCUGCUGGAGUUUGCGCACAUGUACCUGCAGUCAGAUGACGAGAUGGAGCUGAAGGAGACAGAACCGCCCAUGGAGCCUGAGGAGCCCCCGUCUGAUGCUGAGUUUGAAGGGGAGGGCGACUACGAGGAAAGCAUCUAUGCUGACUGGUGGCAGGAGCCAGAUGCCAAGGGCGACGAGGCUGAGGCCGAGCCGGAGCCUGAACUAGCAUAAGAAGAGGGGCCCCGGCACCCCUCAAGAGUUUUGGGAAUCUCGGGCCCAGUGGCACCACCCCCACCAGCCUGGGCAGCAACAACAACUAUUUAUUAAACAUGUAA